CAAAGUAAACAUUUUUUGAUUGGUUUAUAUAUAUCUCUAAAUAACGAAAUUUAUCAGCUGAUUAGAUCUGUUCGUUAUCAAUUUAGAGUUUCUGUGACUGUCACGUUUUGAAAGCAAUUUCUGGUUUUGACUCUAUCAAAGUACUGAAUUGCCCCAUAAAUCUGAAUCUAUAUUUCUGAUAAUGCUGGAUGGUCUAAAUGAAGCUAUUCAAUGACGUCCAGUGAUAAUCAAAAAGAUUGUUUAGCUUGCCGUCUAAUAAGUGGUUUCGGAUUAAUUGCCAUGGGAGCAUAUAUUUUCUCACAAUCUAAAAAUCGUAAAAAAAUUGAAAUGAAUACAAUGCGAUUGAUUUCUGGAAGUGUGGUGUCCCUAGGUUUGGCCCGACUUUCGAAUGCAAGCUUUUUGAAAUCAAGCAAUUCCGAGGUCUAAAUGUCACAAUAGUUUUGAGUGCUAUAGGUUUAGAAUUUCUUCUUUCCAGUAUACAAUCUUUAUUAAUCAAUAUUUAUAUUAAAAGAUAAUCCUAAUUUAUAAAGACCUUUAGUUAGGCAUAACAAAAUGUAAACACUUUUAAUUAUAACAAAAAAAUCAUUGUUCAA